AUGGCCCAGCCGGACGGUAUCGGCAUCGCCGCCGCCGCGGCCAAGAGGCCCGCCUUCGACUCCUCCAGCGUCAGCGGCUCCUCGACGAGCGACGAGUCGGCUCGCAAGCGCAGUCGCAAGGAAAGGAAACGCAAACGCAAGGAUCUCAAGAGGCGCCACCGCGAGCAGCAGGAGCAGGUGCAGGAGAAGGAGCAGGAGCAGGAGCAGGAGCAGGAGGAACGGCAGCGAGCAGAGGAUGCCGACGUCGCCGGGUCCUCGCGCAGCACGACGCCCUCCGGCGCCGUCAAUGGCCACUCCCGUCGGCCCGGCGCCUUCGAGCAGCGCAGAAACAGCCUGAGCAAGGCGGCCCGCGACCCGAGGGAUAAGCCGCGGGCCAAGUCGAGCGUCGUCGUCGCCGGCCAGUCCCAGAAAGCUCGGCCGCCGAGCCCCAUCAUCGACUUUGACGGCCUCAGCCGGCCUGGCAGGGGCACCCGUCGCCGCGUCGACGAGGAUGCCGAUGCCUCCGAGGAGCGUCUCCAGAAGAUGCGCGCCGCCGUCCGCACCCUCCUCGAGUGCGUCGGCGAGGACCCCGAUCGCGAAGGCCUCCUCGAGACCCCCUCGCGCUACGCCAAGGCCCUGCUCUUCCUCACCAAGGGCUACCAGGCCAACGUCGACGACAUCCUCAACAACGCCAUCUUCAACGAAGGCCAGAACGAGAUGAUCAUUGUCCGCAACAUCGAGAUCCAUAGCCUCUGCGAGCAUCACCUCGUGCCAUUUGUCGGCAAGAUGCACAUCGGCUACAUCCCGUGCGAAACCGUCAUCGGCCUCUCCAAGCUGCCCCGCAUCGCCGAAAUGUUCGCCCGCCGCCUGCAGAUUCAGGAACGGCUGACCAAGGAGGUCGCCCACGCCAUCAUGGAGAUACUCAAGCCGCAGGGCGUCGCCGUCGCCAUGGAGUCGAGCCACCUGUGCAUGGUCAUGCGCGGCGUCGAGCAGACCUCCUCCACCACCGUCACCAGCUGCGUCCUCGGCUGCUUCGAGCGCAAAUCCAAGACGCGCGCCGAGUUCUUUAGCCUCAUCGGCGACCGAAGGUCUUGA